CCCGGGCCUCUGAAGCCCAGUGAUGUGCGGGGAGCUUGGUCUCGCGGGCGGGUGACGUAAUUCGGUUGGAGGCGGGAUUGCAAGCGGUGGGCGGGAGGCUGCCAACGGUUUUGCAAGCUAGUGUCGCGCUAGGGAGGUUGGCCUUUGGUCUUUCUCUGUGGAGGUUAUGGGGCUUGGGGGACAGUCCUCCUCAUCUUGGGAAACCAGGGCCGACAUGCUCAGAGUAGUCGGAGCCAGGUGGUUGCGGUAGAGAAUACCAGGCGGCUGGUUGCCGGGUGUAUGUCUGUGCGCGCGCGCGCCCCUUUUAUUGAGAUUUCUUAGGGUGGGAUAGGGAGGAAUUCUAUGGACCUCUGCUGUGGCUUUUUUUUUAUCAGGAAGGAUUAGAGGGGAAAUCCGAGGAAGUCGACUCUGGGUGGGACAGGUGAAGAAAGGGCGAAACGGGGGUGUUGUGGCAUUGAAGUCUUGCCUCUUUCUUCACUAAAACCAAUUGGGGGACAUACAUUGGGCCAGCUUUGGUUUGAGGUCUGUUUCAGUUUGCACAUUUUGAGUGUGGGGAAAAAAAAAAGCUAACCAUGGUUAACCCGUGCCGAAACUGAUUUGCAAUUUCCAGGACCCUAGUUAGGAGGAAGGAACUGCAGCGGUUCUGUCUCCCUGCAUGCAGGUCUUCUGACCAUUCCCCUGACUUUCUGCCUUGCACAUCCGCUUUUAACCGUUCCCAGGAGUUGGGAGAAAGAAUGUGUUUGCCCUCUCCAUGGUCUCUGGAGUCAGUGGACACUCCUCUAACCAGAAAGCUCAUUUGUUGAGGACCCAAAGUGUCUUCCUCCCUUCCAAAUCUUUCUUCUUUGUGAACUUAUCCACAAGUUUGGACCCCUCUCAGAACUGAGGCAGGAGUUCCCAGUCCCCUGCUGAGUCCAGUUGUCUCUUCACUGUACAUGGCGACAGCAGCCCCCAGUCCCAGUUCUCCUCUCCGACCUGAGGACCUCCUGAGCGAUUCGUCAGAGCCUCCUGGGUUGAACCAGGUGUCCUCCGAGGUGACCUCCCAACUGUAUACUUCUUUGCAUCUCAGCCGCCAAGCUGAGGCCACGGCCCGGGCCCAGCUGUAUCUAGCUCCCACCUCCUCACCUCCUAACGAGGGCUUAGACAGCUUGGCUCAAGAACUGAGUCGCAGCUUGUCCGUUGGAUUGGAAAACAACUUGAAGAAAAAGGUGAGAGAGGAUGGGUCUAAGCACAUCUUUGAGAUGGAAAGUGUUCGGGGUCAGCUCCAGACCAUGCUCCAUACCUCCCGUGAUACUGCCUAUCGAACUGGUUCAGAGAGACGGGAAGAGGACUCCUUUGACAGUGAUAGCACAGCUACCUUGCUCAACACCCGGCCUCUGCAAGACCUGUCUCCAUCCAGCUCUGCCCCGGCACUGGAAGAGUUGUUUCCCCGCUACACUAGCCUUCGGCCCGGCCCCCCCACCAACCCCCCAGAUUUUCAGGGGCUGAGGGAUGCACUGGAUGCAGAGCUUACACGCAGAAAGCAUUGCGAGCGCCACAUCCAGAGCCUACAGACUCGCGUGCUUGAGUUGCAACAACAGCUAGCUGUGGCUGUGGCUGCCGACCACAAGAAAGAUCUCAUGAUUGAACAACUAGACAAGACUCUGGCUCGAGUGGUGGAAGGCUGGAAUCGCCAUGAGGCUGAGCGGACAGAGGUGCUGCGGGGACUUCAAGAGGAGCGCCAGGCAGCAGAACUCACCAGAAGCAAGCAGCAGGAGACAGUGACCCGCCUGGAACAAAGCCUUUCUGAGGCCAUGGAAGCCCUGAGUCGGGAGCAGGAGGGUGCCAGACUACAGCAGAGGGAGAAAGAGGCCCUGGAAGAAGAAAGGCAAGCCCUGACUCUGAGGUUGGAGGUGGAGCAGCAGCAGUGCCGGACCCUCCAGGAAGAGCGGGAUGAGGCUAGGGCUGGGCAGCUCAGUGAGCACCGGAAGCUGGAGGCCCUUCAAGUGGCUCUACAAGAGGAAAGGCAGGCCUGGAUCAAGCAGGAACACCAGCUGAAGGAACGCCUUCAGGCACUGCAGGAGGAAGGCCAGGCUCAGCUGGAAAGAGAGAAGGGGAACAGCCAGAGGGAGGCCCAGGCAGCCUGGGAGACCCAGCAGCAGUUUGCACUGCUCCAGACUGAGGUGCGGCGGCUGGAAGGGGAUCUGGACACAGUCCGGAGAGAGAGAGAUGCACUGCAGCUGGAGAUGAGCUUGGUCCAGGCCAGAUAUGAGAGCCAGCGGAUCCAGAUGGAGUCAGAGCUGGCUGUACAGCUGGAGCAGCGGGUGACUGAGCGGCUGGCAGAGGCUCAGGAGAACAGCCUGCGGCAGGCCGCCUCCCUCAGGGACCAUCACAGGAAGCAGCUACAGGAACUGAGUGGACAGCACCAACAGGAACUGGCUGCCCAGCUGGCUCAGUUCAAGGUAGAAAUGGCUGACCGGGAGGAACGCCAGCAGCAGGUGGCUCAGGACUAUGAGCUCAGACUGGCAAGGGAGCAAGCUCGAGUGCGUGACCUGAAGAGCGGCAACCAACAACUGGAGGAGCAGCGGGCGGAGCUGGUGGAGCGGCUCCAAGCCAUGCUGCAGGCCCACUGGGAGGAGGCCAACCAACUGCUCAGUACCACGCUUCUGCCUCCCAAUCCGCAGGCUCCUCUUGCUGAGCCCUCCAGCCCCGGGCCUCUGGAGCCAGAGAAGGGGGAGAGGAGGACCUGGGCCAUGCCUCCCAUGGCUGUGGCUCUGAAACCUGUGUUGCAGCAGAGCCGAGAAGUGAAGGGUGAUGUGCCUGGAGCUCCGUCUGUCCUCUGCAGCACCUCCCCAGAUCUGAGCCUCCUGCUGGGACCCCCUUUCCAGAACCAGAACUCCUUUCAGCCCUUGGAACCCAAGCCUGAUGUGACUCCACCCACAGCUGGGCCCUUCUCUGCAUUGGAGGCUUUCACUGAUGAUCACAGGGCCGAACGCCCGUUUCCUGAGGAAGACCCGGGAUCUGAUGGCGAUGCAAGGCUGCCACCUGCUUCUCAGCUUGAAGGCCUCAAGAACUUUUUGCAACAGCUACUGGAGACAGCGCCUCAGAGCAAUGGAAACCCCUCAGCCGACCUGUUGCUCCCUAAGGCUGGCUCUCGGGCUGUCUCGUCUUGGGAGGAGGCCCCUCAAGUGCCCCGACUUCCACCUCCUGUCCACAAAACCAAAGUUCCCUUAGCCAUGGCGUCAAGUCUCUUCAGGGUCCAUGGGCUUCCCUCAACCAAUUUGCAAGGCAGUGGUCUCAGCACUGGCUCCCCAGAGAAAGAUGGGCUCAACCUGGUGGACGUGUCUGAGCUGUUACGCCUCUACCAGGCUCGGGGUUGGGGUGCCCUGCCUGCUGAGGACCUGCUCCUGUACCUGAAGAGGCUGGAACACAGUGGAACUGAUGGCCAAGGGGAGCUUGUCCCCAGAAGAAACACAGACUCCCGUUUGGGUGAGACCACUCGGAAAGAGAUCCCCUCCCAGGCUGUCCCUCGACGCCUUGCUUCAGUCCCUAAGACUGAAAAGCCUGCACGGAAGAAAAGUGGGCAUCCCGGCCCUAGCAUGAGGAGUCGGGGCGGCAUCUGGAGAUGAGGCCCGCCCUUCUCCUCUUCUGCCAUUCAUUUUAAUUAGUGCCCUGCAUUCUGUCUGUCUCAGAGGAAUCUGGAAAAUGGAGAUUUUUGUAGGAAGCUACUUUGUGAAGAAACCUUCCAGAAUUGUUUUAUUAUUUUAGAAUAUAUUUGUUUUCUAUGAGAAAGCCUAUGGAGCCUUUGAGGCUGGUGUGUGACUAGAUGUCUGAGUGGCCCUAGGCUCAGGGAUGCUUGCAGUGGUUAGAUGCCCCAUAGUAGAAUUAUGAGUGAAUCUUUUCUUUUUGUAUAAUUUAUAUUUUGUAUAUUUUCUGAAAUAAGUAUGUAUUACUUUAGUAAUAAAAAAAACUCCCAAACUUUUAAUAAAAGAGUAAAUUAUUGUAUAAAUGUUUAAUGUUUAAGAAUGUUUAAGAAAAGCUUCUUAUGCUGGGGAAAAGUUUUGUCUUUUAAAACUUUUAGAUUAUUUUUAUGUGAUUCCCCCCCCCCCCCUUUUUGAGACCAGGUCCCUCUCUGUGUAGCCCAGGCUACCUCUGUACAGCCCUCCUGCUGUAUAUGUGUUGGGUUACGAGCUUGUGCCAACAUGCCUGGCAUUCCUGCUUUCUAAGAGCAGAUGACUCUUUUGGGUGGCACUGGGGAUUCAGGUUGGCAAGUUCUGUCCAGCCAAUAGGUGUAGUUGAGCUAUAAACUUUACAGCUUUAAAACAUGCAAAUAAGACGGGGAUGAUAGUGCAUGUGUUUAGUCCCAGCACGAGGGAAGCAGAGGCAGGUGGAUCUCUGAGGAGGCCAGCCUGGUCUACAAAGCAAGUUCCAGGAUAGCUGAGACUAUACAGUAAAACCCUGUGUUAAAGAAAAAAAAGGAAGGAAGGAAGGAAAGAAGGAAGGAAGAGGAAAGUAACAGCUGUGUCUGAGCCUUUUCUCCCGAUGUUCAUCAAAAUGAACACAGCAGUGUUGUGGGCUGUGAACUGAGAGCUGCUUGAGGUGUCUCGUGCCUGUAAUCAUAACACUCAGGAGGCUUAGGCAGACGGGUGACGCAAGUUUGAAGUCAACCUGGGCUACCCGCCUGGGCUACAGAACGAGACUCAUCUCGAAAACCAUCAGGACGAAGCUUCUUAGUUUAGGCCCAGUGUUAAGGAGUCGGAAGCCCAGUCUCACUUAACCUGGGAGGAUGGAGAGUUUCAGGCAGCCUGAAGGGAAGGAAGCCUUACACCUGCAGACAGCCUCCUGCGCCAGAGCGGCCCAGACAGGGUGAUGGGAAGGAGGGGCAGACAGGGUGCUUGAGCAGGCUUCUGAGGAGAUGGAUGGAAUCCGGUGUAGCUGUGCUUCACACAGCGAACAGCAGCACACGGUGGAAGUUUUCUCUCUGCCACCUGGCCUUCCUCUGGGGACAGGGAUGGAAGUAGCUGACAAGCCAGUCCUGUGGUUCUGCCCUUCAGCUCGGCUUAGGACUUUCUGCAUUGUGUACAAGAGGAAACAAAAGGCAAGUAGCUACAGAGAUGGCAGCAGGCUUCGGGGGAGGGGACUGGGAGGGCGGUGUUGUGAGCCCCACCUUUAGGAAUAUCUGCAUCUUUGUUUCACAAAGUGCCAUCAGUGACCAAACUGAUCUGUGGCGCACCAUCAGUAUGGAUAAAAGUGAGUUUUACACUUUUAAAAAAUAUUGGUAAAAUGAACAUUCAACUCAUAUCUCAACUCCAGAUUCCAGCAGCCACCACCAGCCGACAUGCCCUACAUUUUUCUUGAGACACAGGCUGAAGUAAGUGUCCCUAAAACAGCUCUCAGUGAGAGAAGGGCCCAGUGCUGCUUAGCCACUUUGGGAGGUCAUUCUAGCAGGACAGCUUUGAUUUCUAGGUCUACUUAGUCACUGAGGAAACUUAGGAGGGAUGCAGAAAUCACGGCCAUCUCCCACCUGACACCUCUGUGGUUAUCUUAGGAAAACUCUGAGAAGGGGAACAGACAAAACCAAAAAAAAAAAA